UGGUGCUGGUCCCACCCUUCCUAAUCAUAGUCCAAUGAGAGUCCAGAUCCCUGACGGAAGUUGGUAAUAUAAACAUAAGACUAAGAGCAGCAUGGCGGCGCCUUGUGUAGUUAUGUCAGAGCUAGUUGUAAAACUGAAUAAAGUGGCAGAAUCCCUUAAAUUGGGGGAUUUCGACCAAAACAACGCAGUGAUAUUGCAGAAUGUAACCAAAUCCUUCCGCGAGCCAAACUGCAGGGCCAGUGCAGUGAAAGCGGUCUUCCAGAGUCUUCUGCAGAUCUUGUCCAGGUCAUUUGAUGAGAUCCAUGCUUUCUACAGGGAUGAUAAUAGGAGGUCUUUGGACACGUGUCUCCAGUUGACCGCAGAAUGCUUUAGAUGUCAAAGGAAUGCCUGUGUCCAGUGUGCCAGAAACCAGUGUCUUAUGAGGGAUUUAGGAUUCAUUGAUGUAACAACCAGAAUACUCCAGUUGCUUCCCAGACUUCAGUUGGUGCAGACAGACAGUGCAUUAGAAGCUUUUAGGUGCGGAAUACAAUUCCUUGGAAACCUUGCUGUGGGUAACCAAGACUGUAAAGAUGACAUCUGGAAGCACACUUUCCCAGAUACUUUCUUGAACUUACUCGACCACAGUGAUGAGAAGGCUGUAGCCUAUGGCUCCAUGGUGCUGUUCACCUGCCUGAAUGGAGAGAAAGUGGGAGAGAUGUUGGUGAUUGAAGGGGGACAGGAAUUAGCUGUCAGACUCAUCAGACUCUGCAGGAAACAACCCGAACUGGAUUGGGCAGUUCUAAUUGUUACACAGCAUUUUCUGAAAUGCGCAGAACUGGUUGAAAAGAUGUAUGCAAAACUGAACAACCAAGAAAGGAUCACAUUAUUGGAACUAAUAACUGCAGAGCUGGGGGAAGCUGGAGUGGGGACGCAGGAGUCUGCUGUUCCAGUUAGACUGGCUGAGUUCUUAGCAACUUGUUUCCAGGACAAGUGUAAGGUUGUGCUCACAUUAGCUUCUGAUUCCUCUGCUGCAAAUGAGGAAGCCCUUAUUGUGAUAAGGCUGUUAGACAUUCUCUGCGAGAUGACAUCUGAUCAGAAAAAGUUCAUGUUCCUGCAGUCAUUCUCUGAGCUACUGAAGACCACUGUUGAACUUUUGAAGGAAGUCCACCUUACUGGCAAAGAAAGUAAGAACAUUUUCACCCCAACCCACAAUUUCUCCGAGAUGGAGACAGUGUCUCACCCGGCUGUGGGGUUUAAAGCACGUCUCAUCAGACUGAUUGGGAAUCUGUGCCACAACAACAAGGAAAACCAAAAUAAGGUUCGCGAAUUAGAUGGUAUUGCUCUCAUUUUGGACAGCUGCAGUAUAGAUGGCAACAAUCCUUUCAUUAAUCAGUGGGCAGUGUUUGCCGUCAGGAAUGUGUUGGAACAGAACAAACAGAACCAGGAGAUCCUGAUGGCAAUGGAGCGGCGCGGCGUGGCAGAUGAAUCAGCGCUGAGAGAGAUGGGGUUUGGCGUGGAGGAGAGGGACGGGCAGCUGCUGCUGAAACCAAUCAAGAAAGAAACAUGAAAAAUCUGUGAUGAGCCGGGUUUGUUAGGCACUGCUAAGUUACUUUUGCCAACAGGGACCUAAUCGAUAACCGAAAAAUCAUGAGAAUAAUGUUGGUUUAUAGUAGCACGAAACAAAACCAUAUAUAUAGACACAUACACAAAUGGGGUAGAAAAUACUUUAAUAUUUUAAUGAGAUAUAUAUAUUUUCAUGAAAUUUAAUGAUUUACCUGUUUUAAUAAGGAUGAACAUGUGUAUGCAGAUGUAAUGUAUAUUCCCUCUGUUAAAGCUUUGUGUUAUAAUGUUGCCUGGGAUAUUCCCCACAUUUUAAAAGCAUGUUGGGGUCCUUAACUCAACAGUACACUUAUUAGCACAGUGUAUUUCAAUGAGUUACUAUUCAUAAUAGUGGGAUUUUUUGGCACACAAAAUGGUGCACUAAAACGGGUUGCACUAUGUGUUAUAAUGUUGCCUGGGGUGUUCCCCACAAUUUAAAAGCAUUUUGGGGUACUUAACUGGGCACUUAUCGUCAUGCAGUAUUCCAAUCACUUUGUAUUCAUUAUAAUGGUACUUUUUGGCAAACACUGUGCCAACUAAAAAGUAAGCCCCAAAAUAUUUUAUAAUGUUGCCUACAUAUACAGUAGUUGCCUAUAACAUAUAGUUUAACCCGUUAGUAAAUAUUUUGUUAUUGGCAGAGUUUGUGCCAAAAUCUCCCAUUGAAAUGUAGUAACUCAUUGAAAUACUCUGUGCCAAUAAGUGGUCUGUUGAGUUAUACCCAAAAAUUGUUUUAAAUUGUGGGGAGCACCCCAGGCAACACUAUAACACAGAGCUUUACUCGUGUUAGUACAUAUUGUUUCAUUGGCAGAGUUUGUGCCAAAACCUCCUAUUAAAAUGUACUCUAGUAAGUUAUUGAAAUACUGUGUGCCAAUAAGUGUCCUGUUGAGUUAAGGACCACAAAAUAGUUUUAAAUUGUGGUGAGCACCCUAAGCAACAAUAUAACAUAUAGCUUUACCCGUUUUAGUGCUGCUUUUUUAAUGGCAAAUUAUGUGUCAAAAAAUAAUUUAAUGUAUAGUAACCCAUUGGAACACUGUGUGCCUGUAAAAAAAAAAAAAUAAUAAAGUUGUGGGCUUCAUCGCCCACUUCCCGUACACUGGUUGCUGCGAAAAGAAGAGACUCUUUCCAGUGGCUGCUGACUUUCAGAGAACCAAAGGGGCAGGUGGCACGCUGGCUUGAACAACUGCAAUCAUUCAACUACAAGAUCCAACACACGGCUGGGAAGUGCCAUCCCUGCGCUGAGGAGGGCUGCAGCCACUGCAACAGACGGGAGACCUGGGAGCAGGAGCUGACUGGCGGAGCGGCAGAGAGGGGAGGACCGGGAGCCAAAGAGGGGGACCCAGGCGACUUAUGUGACCUGCAGCAAGCUGUCUAUAGUCACCACGCCGGAGUGGAGGCUGCAGCAACGGGACCCUGACCUGCAGCCAGUGUUGCGCUGCUUCCGGGACUUUGAAGACCACUGCAACGAGUGUAUCACGAAAGUGGAGUAGAAAUCACUUACAUUUCCUUGAUGUUAAGCGGAGUGUGUCAUUAACCAAAGUGAUAUUAUCAGGACCUUGUUUCCAUUUGACAUUAUAUAUAUUCAUAUGAAAAAUAAGGGAGGGUGCUGCACUAUGACUACUAUGAUAUAAGUAAUACAUUUAAAAUAAGAAACUAAAUGUCAGUGGCAUUUGAACCUAGCAAUUGAGCUAUCACUGCCAUCUAGACAGUCGUCAGUAUUAAAUGCCUUUUAAAAAUGACAAUGCUUUACUGAAUUCAACACUGGGUAUGAAAUUAAAUUCCAUUUAAAAUGUAAGAAAAAGAAUAGUGUAGGCAUACAGUAUUAUCUCCUAGUGGGUUGGAAAACCUAUGUGUCAGUGUUUAUUUAUUCCUAUCUAAACCCCUGUAUGGUUGGUUUAGUUUCACACUACUACAUACCAAUGUUAUUUCCUUGUUUUUUUUAGUUAUCGAUUAUAUUUUCCUCUUAGAUACCUGUUUGGGCAGGAAACUUUAGGUGCUAAGCAGGUUCAAGACCUCAGGUGUGUAGUGCAUGGAUUAUGCUAAAACAGUGAUAGUCAAGUACAUUUCAUUAUGAGAUUGCCGUGGACAACUACUUUAUUAAAAAAUUAUUGAUUUAAACAAGAUUAAAUUAACCACAGUCAACUAAUAAAGUGAUUAGUAUGUGUGAAUACUGUAUGCAAGCACUUUUCAUUAAACAAUCUCAGUAGUCACUUUACUGGGUAAGUAGCUUCAUUUAAUUAUUUUCACUUUAACUUAUUUAUUUUUUUAGUGUCCCUGUUUUUCUCCCCAAUUUGCAAUGCCCUAAAUUGUUUUCCCCUCACCGAAGCAAUUCCCCACACAGCUCAGGAGAACUGAAGGUUCAAUGGGCGUCCUUUGACCAAACCAGCUUCCACUUUUCACCCAGUAACUCGAGAGUGAAUGUCAGCGAGCAACCGACCUCUGGAGGACAAAGUCCAGCCCUGCAGGUGUCCGCUUGAGCUCACUAGACGCCUGGCCAGCAGGGUUCGCAACAGCGCGAUGAAGAGAAACAGUCCCAGAUGUUUUUUUCCUCCCUGACCCACGGGAGUGCCAGAGCCAAUGCAACGCUCCCUUUGGAAUCCCCAAUGAAAACCAGCGACUUUGAACAGCCAGGACGUGAACCUGAGCUCCCCUGACAGUAUGACACCCUGCACACCAUAUGGCUGUGCUUUUACAAGAUGAGCCACUCAGGGCGCCCCUUCAUGUUUCCUUUUACAAUGUUUGGCAUUAGCUGUGCCUGUACAAUCCUAGUUGCCUGCUCCUUUUGAGUACUUCCUGAUUUAAAAAAGGCAUAGCAUGCAUGACACAGUAACCUUUCAACUCUGCUGACCCCACCUUUCUUACUAUUACUACGGGGCAAGCAGAGUUGAAAGGUCACCAUGUACAGGUAUAUGGGAUUUCUUUGGAAUCAGGAAGUUCAAAUAUAAAGGAGCCAGUAACUAGGAUUUUACAGGCACAGAUAAUGGUGGUGGAUUCAGAUUCAGAAAACAAUUACUACAAUUCUAUGUUGGAGCAACAGAACAGGAAAGGUGAAAAGUAAAAUGACAUGUGUAGCUAAUUGCCGUUUAAUAAUUGUGCUCAUAGAUACAUUGAGGGCCAAUGUUUCAGAUUAAAAGGGCAUAUUGAAAUGGCAUAGAUUCCAUAAGCAUUUCUUCUAGUACACAUUCUAAACUUCUGGUGUUAACAAAGGACAGAUCUACAAGAUUUCAAGUGGAAAACAAUAUACAACUAGUAUGUUAAGCUAGACUCUUACACUUCGGUCUAAUUGUAUAACGUUUAGUAUUUCCCAACUUGCAUGUGUGCACCCUGUUCCAACUACGUUUGUAUAGGUACACCAUUUACACUUUUACAAACUAAAUGAAAUCCCAUCUUACCUGUCUUAUUUUUAUACUAAAUGCAGAUAAUAGCAGUCGGAAUCAAGAUGAUUUUUCUCUUUUUUUAUGUUUUGUUUGUAUCUUUUUACUCUGAAGGCAUCCACACAAACACCAGUACAUUGACAAGACCUGGCCGCCUGUCCGCUAUUCCUGAAGAAGACUAACAAGAAGAUCACUUUAUUACUUGUAUCUGCAUUCACUUGUAUACUGCUGAGAAUUAACCGUUUCAAACAAGUGUGUGUCGUUUCACACUAGAAUAGAAUUUCAAGUUGACUGUUUAAUGCUUUCUUCCAUGGGUUAGUCUUCUGUGCACUUGACUUUAUCUGAAGGCAGACUUUGUUGACCUUGCAGUCCAGUAUGUUUACAUUCCCCAGAGGUACUCUUAGCUUCAGGGACAGAAGUGAGAAUGCUCCUGCUGCAGCAGUCGGAGGUGAUAAAUACUACCUACAAGAUCUGUUAAGAAAAAAAGUUUGCUGUUUGUUUUUAUUAAAUAUUACUGUUUUAUUAACUAAAUAAAAACCUGUACAGGACGCUACACCUUUAAACAAAGUGAGACUUGAGUGUCAGAUUCUCAGCAGAUUCUUAUAUUUUUUUCUGAAAGGAAAACACACCAGUUAGAAUUUUAAGACCGAACAGAAACAUCUUCAGACAAUUUACAAUCACCUUAAUUAAAUGCCUGAUUUGUUUAUUUCUAGUCAGAAAGGUGUGUUUUUCCUUUCUGAAAAAAUCAUGCUGGAGAGUUUUGUGAUCUUGACCUGAAGAAAGGCCAAAAUUGUAUGCUUACUAAAAUAUAUAAAAAAUAGUUUCAGGUUUUGGCUGCAAGUAGAUGAAUUUGAACCCUUUGAAUUCUUGCUCUUAUUUUCAUAAGCAGAUGAGAAUUUUUUUCAUUUUUUUUCUGGUGUUAAUUAUUCAUGUUUACAGUUUGCUGUAUUAAAGCUUACUACUUUAGUAGGCUUGGUUCUAUUAGCUUUGUUAAAAGGAGUUUUGUUUUUUGUCUUCCUCAUUAUAACUAAUAAAUAAAACUGCAUACAUAA